GACGAGGGCCAGAUGAUCAGCGUGAACUCGCUGAACAAGCCCAGGGCCACACAAACCCGCAGGCCCUCGACAUCAGGCGGUGGCAUCACGUCCGAGAAGGAGAAGGAGCCGGAGAAGAUGUGGUCGCUGUCGACCUUCCCGGUGGGCCAGGCAGACCUUGCCGCCACCGGCCAGCUGGAGGUGUUCGCCCCGGUGCACGCGCUGGGAUCCCACAGCAACCAUCACGGGCCCGUCAGCGGCAUGGGCGUCGCGCGGUGCCGCCGCAUCGUGGUGACCUGCGGCACGGACCAGCAGCUGAAGGUGUGGGGGUACCCCACCGAGGAGAUGCUGGACCAGCCCAGCCCAUUCUCCGCGGAGUUCGGGCUGCAGGUGUCGCCGGACGGGAAGCCGAAGGCCGUCGCGGUGCACCCUCUGGGCUUCCAGGUGGCCGUGGUGACCAGCGACCUCCUCCGCAUCUUCCACCUCACG